AUGAGCAGCGCGUGGUCCUUCGACGAGGUCAGCAGCCUCUCCAAGAAGCUCCAUGCGACGCUCCAGCAAGAAGACUGGCGCAGCAACGUAUCGACCGCCAAGGAGCUCCAAGGCAUGCUCUCCAAGCUGCAGUCGUACCGCCCGGACCACGAGUCGCUGGCCAAGACCAAGCUCGGCGUCGCCGUCAACAAGCUGCGCAAGCAUACCGACGCCUUGGAUGUCAAGCCAUCGGCGCCGGCCAAGCCACGCGCGGCGAACGAGAUUGCCGACUCGACCAAAGCAUUGGACGCGGACCAGAAAGAGAUGGCACGAAGCCGCCUCGCCAACUCGUAUGCAAAAGAGAAGGCCAAGCGCGAUGCACGGACGAGUAUCUACCUCGACCAGCCCGUGACCAAGACGAAGCGCGGGAAGGCGGCGCCCAAGCCGACCUCGAUCAUCACACGCUUCACGACGCCCAGCGCGCACAGGCCAAGAUCGUGCGGUCUAUGGCGCCCACGAGCAGCAGCGCACGCUCGACAUCAUCGCACUCGAGCUCGCUGA